AUGUUGUCAACGAUGCCCAAAUUCUGUUCCUGGAUGCGCCCUGUUGUAUCCUAUGCACCUCGAAGAGGGGCCAUUUCUAUGACCACCACUUUCGGAGGGCUCGCUGGCCCUGCGUCUUCUGCCCUACUCCACCACCACGCUGUUCAGUAUCAGUCCCAGAGAUUCUUUAAUUGCUCGCCUGGCGCCGAGUCCGGGAUUAGACGCGGUCUGGUGGGCUGGACUGACCUAGAGUUGGCUGCCUCGACGGGUGACCUUUCCGAGCUCAACACAUUGAUAGCUCGUGGAGCUGACCUUGGAACAGUUAAUGAGAACGGUCAAACUGCUCUCCAUUUCGCUGCGGUGAACGGACAUCCUCGCACGAUUCAGCUCCUCAUUGAAAGGGGGGUUGACCUCAAUGCCGAGGACAGUCUGGGCUGGUCUGCUCUGCACUGGGCGGCGUACAAGGGCCAUGGUAGAAUCGUCAACUUCCUGCUGGAACAAGGAGCUGAUCCCACUAAGCUCACAAGGAGAGAGGGUGCCAAUCCUCUCAUCUGCGCCGUCGCCCGACAGGACGGUGCCUCCCGUACUCGUCUCCAAAUCGUUCGUGCCCUCCUUAAGCAUGGAGCACAACCCAAUGCACAAGAUGGGGACGGUGAGACUCCACUUCAUUUUGCUGUGGGCUUCCUUGAAUACGACAUCGCACAAGUAUUGUUGGAGAAUGGCGCUGAUCCGUCCAUCAGGACUAACUACUCGAUCACUGUUGGCGAGAACAAUUUUGCAGCUGGAAGCACGCCUUUACACUAUGCCCAUCAGCUUGGUGCUGAGAAUAUCGUGAGGCUGAUUGCUUCGUAUGCUGGCCGUUCCGAGAGCCGUAAUCGAGAGUCGGAUCAUGGAAAAAACCUGCGCGAUGUCAACAUGGCGCGAGAUAGUAACGGGUAUACACCCGCACAGCUUCAUCCACAGUGGCCUUGUUAUAUGAUUUAA